CAGGCAAACACUCUGAAGAGCAUCCUGAAGGACAACAGUAUGGCACUAAAAAUGCCCCAGAAGCAGAGUAACUCUGUUGGGGUUGUGCGCUGGACACUAUCAGAGAAAGAUAUCCAGGUCCACAGUUCUGCACCCACCAGCCCCUUCAAGAACAGUAGUGGGUUUUCUACCCGUUCACAGCAAAGGCAACGUCAGCAAAGCCUGAAUGAUCUCCGGAGUUUGGAUGAGUGCAUCAGAUUCAUAAACCACUGGAAGCAACAGGUGGCACAAGUUUGCAAGAAUGAGGAUGAUCCCGGUGAAGGGUGCAGCAGUCAGGCAGAGAGGCAGAAAGACCCCAGAACUGAGCGCAGUCUUGAAGAGUGUCGCAAGCUUAUUCUGCAGUGGGCCAGUGAACUUCAAAGUGCAGACAAGCUCUCUAAAAAGCAUCCAUGGAUGAAGGAGAGGAUUGAUGAAGAGGAGGAAGAGGACACAAAGGAGGAUAAAGAUCAGGGUGAGGUGGUGCAGAAGAUCACGAAGUGGGCCAAAGAGAUACAGAGUGUGUCAGAGAGCUUUGGAAUGCUGGGAGAUGAACUGGCACGGCUGUUGCGUCUCCUGGGACUGAAGAAGAAGAAGCUGGUUUCCCUCAUGCCACUGCUGGAGUUCAUCACUUGGAGUUUGCUGAAAGAAGACAGCAAGGGUAUGGUUCCUCAUCUAUGGCUUUCAGCUAAGCAACGCACCUGGAAAGCUGGCAUGCCACGAUACAUCCCUAAUUCAGUCUGGAACUGGAUUGUCAGUGCAGGAGCUGAUGUAACUCUUGAUCCCAUGACCAACCAAGCUUGGCUGCAGCUCUCUGAUGACCACAAGAAAGUUCAGGAGGGCUUAACAGAGGCCAAUCUGCCUUACAGCCCUCAGCGUUUUGACAGCUUGCCCUGUGUCCUAGGCUGGGAGGGCUACAUGAGUGGCCGCCAUUACUGGGAAGUGGAAUUUGCAAACAAUGGUUAUUGGAAAGUUGGAGUGACAACUGCUUCCUCAAAGAGGCAUGGCCGCUUUCCAAUGAAUCCUUCUACUGGUUAUUGGGUCCUGUGGCGCAGCACACGUCAAUUUUUCGCAUGCACCAAUCCCGAAACAGCACUGCCACUGCUGCUGGUGCCCCAAAGGAUGGGAAUAUACACUGAUUACGAGGAGGGGCAGAUUUCCUUCUACAAUGCAGAGAACAAAUCACACAUCUACACCUUUACGGGACACUUUCGUGAGAAGCUGUACCCUUUCUUUGCCCUGCUUGAUGGCAGGGGAGUUAUAACUGUAUGGUCUCCUAAAGAGCAUAGCCGCUUUUAA